UCCUCGCUUUCGGUUUGCGCUCCCGGGGCGGUGGGUGUGGAUGCGUGUUCGCCGCCUUCACCUGCCACCAUGGGACAAGUGACUGGGAUACAGCAUCCCGGCUCUCAGCCGCUCUUGAAGGGUGCCAGUGCAGCGGCUUUCUAACAGAAAAAUUGCAAGACCUAGUCCAAGGAACGCCCAGAUUCACCAGUUGUUGGUGUACACGCUUGUUCAAAUUUACUGAGCUGACUACUUAAGAUCUGGGCAUUUUACGCAGGUUUUCUACUAACAAAAGACCAUGACUACUGAUGAAGGUGCCAAGAACAAUGGAGAAAACCCAGCGGCAGCUGUGGCUGAACGCGGAGAGGAUAUUACCUCUAAAAAAGAUAGAGGAGUAUUAAAGAUUGUCAAAAGAGUGGGAAAUAGUGAGGAAAUGCCAAUGAUUGGAGACAAAGUUUAUGUCCAUUACAAAGGAAAAUUGUCAAAUGGGAAGAAAUUUGAUUCCAGUCAUGAUAGAAAUGAACCGUUUGUCUUUAGUCUUGGCAAAGGCCAAGUUAUCAAAGCAUGGGACAUUGGGGUGGCUACCAUGAAGAAAGGAGAGAUCUGCCAUUUACUGUGCAAACCAGAAUACGCAUAUGGCUCUGCUGGCAGUCUCCCCAAAAUUCCCUCGAAUGCAACUCUCUUUUUUGAGAUUGAGCUCCUCGAUUUCAAAGGAGAGGAUUUAUUUGAAGAUGGAGGCAUUAUCCGAAGAAUCAAACAGAAAGGAGAAGGAUAUUCAAACCCAAACGAAGGAGCGACAGUAGAAAUCCACCUGGAAGGCCGCUAUAAUGGAAGGAUGUUUGAUCGUAGAGAUGUGGUAUUCAUCGUUGGGGAAGGAGAAGACCAUGACAUUCCAAUUGGAAUUGACAAAGCCCUGGAGAAAAUGCAACGGGAAGAACAGUGUAUUUUAUAUCUUGGACCACGAUAUGGUUUUGGAGAGGCAGGGAAGCCUAAGUUUGGCAUUGAGCCUAAUGCUGAGCUGAUAUAUGAAGUUACACUGAAGAGCUUCGAAAAGGCCAAAGAAUCCUGGGAGAUGGACACCAAAGAAAAACUGGAGCAGGCUGCCAUUGUCAAAGAGAAGGGAACUGUGUACUUCAAGGGAGGCAAGUACAUGCAGGCAGUGAUUCAAUAUGGGAAGAUCGUAUCCUGGUUAGAGAUGGAAUAUGGCUUAUCAGAGAAGGAAUCUAAAGCUUCUGAAUCAUUUCUGCUGGCUGCCUUCCUGAACCUGGCCAUGUGCUACCUGAAGCUUAGAGAAUACACCAAAGCUGUUGAAUGCUGUGAUAAGGCCCUUGGACUAGACAGUGCCAACGAGAAGGGCUUGUACAGAAGGGGGGAAGCCCAGCUGCUCAUGAACGAGUUUGAGUCGGCCAAGGGCGACUUCGAGAAAGUGUUGGAAGUUAAUCCCCAGAAUAAGGCAGCGCGACUACAGAUUUCCAUGUGCCAGAAAAAGGCAAAGGAGCACAAUGAGCGGGACCGCAGGAUAUAUGCCAACAUGUUCAAGAAGUUUGCAGAGCAGGAUGCAAAGGAAGAGGCCAGUAAGGCAGUGGGCAAGAAGACUAUAGAAGGGGUCGUCAGCCGUGAAAAAGGACCAGAGGGGCAAGCGAUGGAAGAGAAAGCCGGAGGCCACGUAUGACACCACGCCAAGGAGGGAAGAGCCCUGAUGAACUUGGCCCCCUCCUCCAUGGGCUUUCACCCUACUCAGGACUAAACAGUGUUUAAUGUAAAGUUUGUUAUAGUCUGUGUGAUUCUGGAAGCAAAUGGCAAAACCAGUGGCUUCCCAGAAAACAGCCACCCUGCUGCUGCCCAGUGCUCUCCUCGAGGGGGUGGCAUGGGACCACUCCAGGUGGAACAAAACGGAAAUGACUGUUGGUGUGGCAAGGCUGAGCCAACAGCUCGAGUCCAGCUCAUUUCAGUUUAUGUCAGCCUUUGACAUCUAAUUCAGGGUCCCUUGAGAUAAUCCUAACAAUUUGGGGCUGUCUGUCAGGUUUUACAUUCGAUUGAACUUCAGUAGCACUGCGGAAACCUAAAAAUAAUUGCUUAAUGAGUUUCUCCUUUCCUACAGUUGGGUGGGGGAGAGGAGGAGAAGGUUUGGCUUUUUUAAAUGACUGAAGUGCUAGCAUUUUUUAACCAACAGAACCCACAGCUGAGGCGUCUGGAAUCCCCUCAGGUCCUCAGCAGCCGCCAGACUUGAAAGCCAGAACCUCAGAGGCCACCGGCUCACUGACUCGGCCAAACUCCCUCCUCCCUAAGCCAGCCUCCAUUGGGAGAGCGGGUUUCUCCUGCACCCAGCCUGGCCCUGGAGGAGGGACCCUGUCAUUCCCAGAACAUUCUUUAGCGACAGUAAUGAGCAGAGCAGCGUGUGGGCUAGCUUUCCCUGCCUCAGGUGAAGCUCUGAGAUGCCGAAGCGUGAAAAUAGCCAUCAGAAUUGUGCUUUCCCCCCUCCUCUGGCCCUUCUAGGAGAAAUGUGGAGGACAGCCCUGCCUGCCAGCAUUGCGACCGUUCACCUUCUUCUUUCCAUUCUGACCAUUGCUAUUACGUAUUUAAGACUCGUUCUUAGGAUAUCUGACCUGGAGUGGAUUUAGUUACAUAUCCACUUAGGAUCGCCGCGGCUUUUGUUUUUGUCUUUUAAAAAUUACUGCCUUGUAAACGUGUAUACUGAUUUAUGGAACUUUAUUUACACUCCUCUAUCAUGCAAAAAAAAAAUCGACUUUUUACUACUA